AUGGCAGGGGCGCACACGUCACCGCCAGAAAGAACCCGAGCAAUUACCAGAGUACAGAGGAUGGCAAUGGCGCCAUCGCCCGCAAGCGCUUCCUCCUCCACCAUCUCCCCUCUCCUUCCCUCCUCCCCAUCCAUCUCUGCUUUCCUUGCCUCCCACCCGGCCCUCACCCUCCUCCACACGCAAUGCGCCACCAUGGCUCACCUCCGCCAGCUCCACGCCGCGCUCGUCAAGUCUGGCCUCGCCAAAGACCCCAUCGCCGCCAGCCGCGCCGUCGCCUUCUGCGCCGGCGAAGGACGCGACGCUGCCUACGCCGCGCGCAUCGUGAGGCACCACCCGAGGCCCAACUCCUUCAUGUGGAACACCGUCAUACGGGCGCUGUCCGACGGGCCCGAUCCGGACGCGGCCGUGGCGCUGUUUGUCGACAUGCUCCGGUCGCCCACGCCGCCGGAGCGACGCACGUUCCCGUCUCUGUUCGCGGCAUACGGGCGCCUCGGACUCGCCGACGACGGCGCGGCGCUCCACGGCAUGGUGCUCAAGCUCGGGCUCGCUGGGGACGCGUAUAUACGCAACUCCAUGAUCGCCAUGUACGCGUCCUGCGGCCGCGCGGACGAGGCUCUGGCACUCUUUGGGCAGUGCCAGGUGUUCGACGUCGUGGCGUGCAACAGCGCGAUCUUGGCGCUUUCGAGGGCGGGGCGCGUCGACGAGGCGCGGGCUGUGUUCGACGGCAUGCCGGACAGGACCGUGGCAACGUGGAGCACCAUGGUGAGCGCGUACUCCCGCGCCGCGAGGUGCCAAGACGCCGUCGAUCUCUUCUCCGCGAUGCAGGUGGACGGCGUGGAGCCGAACGCCAACGUGCUCGUCAGCGUCCUCGGCUGCUGCGCCAGCCUCGGCGCGCUGGAGCAGGGCGCGUGGGUGCACGCGUACAUAGACAAGCACGAUGUGGCCAUGAACGCGCUCGUGGUGACCGCCCUCGUGGACAUGUACUGCAAGUGUGGCUCCAUACACAAGGCUCGCCAGGUGUUCGACACCUCGAGAUCACACGGCUUGGCCAAACUGUCGUCCUGGAACACCGUGAUGCUUGGCCUGGCAGCGCACGGGCAAUGCCAAGAAGCGCUCGCCUUGUUCUCCGAGCUGGAACCUUACAGUCUCCGACCGGACAAGGUCACCUUCAUCGCGAUGCUGAUGGCUUACGGCCACUCCGGCCUGGCCGACGAGGCGAAGGCUCUGUUCGCGUCAAUGGCGAGGGAACACGGUGUUACACCGGGAAUCGAGCACUAUGGUUGCCUUGUCGACGCGCUCGCCCGCGCCGGAAGGCUCCGGGAGGCGGAGGACACCAUCCGCGCAAUGCCGAUGAAGCCAGACGCGGCCAUUUGGGGCGCCCUGCUCUCCGGAUGCCGCUUGCACGGCGACGCGGAGGCGGGGGCGCGCGCGGCGCGGGGAGCCGUGGAAUGCGACCCACAGGACAGCGGCGCGUACGUGCUCGCGGCGAGUGUGCUUGCACGCGACGGCGAGGUGGGCCGGGGCUUGGGUGUCAGGGGGAAGAUGCGGGAGGAGGGAGUGGCCAAGGUGCCCGGGUGUAGCAUGAUCGAGGUGAAUGGUGUCGUCCACGAGUUCGUCAGCUAG